AUGGGCGACAUUGCAAAAGGCAAGAAGGCAUUUGUGCAGAAGUGCGCCCAGUGCCACACAGUAGAGGAAGGUGGCAAGCACAAGGUGGGCCCCAACCUGUGGGGUCUGUUCGGCCGCAAGACGGGCCAAGCGGAGGGCUACUCGUACACUGAUGCCAACAAGAGCAAAGGUAUUGUGUGGGGUGAGGACACCUUGAUGGUGUACCUGGAGAAUCCAAAGAAGUACAUCCCAGGCACCAAGAUGAUCUUUGCCGGCAUCAAGAAGAAAGGCGAGCGCCAGGACCUGAUAGCUUACCUCAAAUCGGCGACAUCAUGA